AUGGGAGAAUCUGACGAGCCCCCUUUAUCGCGCAGUGUCAAGUCUACAGCGAAAGCUCUAGGCUUGGGACGCAACAAGGACCCGGCUGUCCUCCCAACCCACAACACACCUCACAAUGGCAGCACUCGCAAUGCCUCGCACACGUCCCUCGCUGAGAAGCCGGACACCAGCCAGAACCACAAUGGCGCCGCGAAGUCGCCUGCCGCUGCGACACCUCAUGCUGGAUCCACAGCUGAGGGAGAGGCAUCUUCCGCCGUAGAGCCAAAGCCACCCAUGCUCACACGCAUGCGGAACGGAAUUAUUCGAUUUGGAAGACAUACCAAAAAUGCCCUCCUCCAUAGCUGGGUCAAUGCCCUGCUCAUCUUCGUGCCCAUUGGUAUCGCCGUGCACGCCGCUGGCCUGGGUCCUGAAAUUGUGUUUGCCAUGAACGCCGUUGCCAUCAUUCCGUUGGCUGGUCUUCUGGCGCACGCCACUGAGGCAGUCGCAGUACGCCUCGGAGACACCUUGGGCGCGCUGCUGAACGUCUCGUUUGGUAAUGCUGUAGAGCUCAUCUUGUUCAUCAUCUUGCUCGCCGGUGACCAGAUUGAGGUCGUACAGGCCGCACUGCUAGGAUCCAUCCUAGCCAAUCUGCUACUUAUUCUUGGCAUGGCCUUCCUCUUGGGAGGCUUGAGGUAUCAAGAGCAGGUCUACAACAGCACCGUCACACAGAUGAGUGCAUGCAUGCUGAGUUUGGCUGUCAUGAGUUUGCUGCUACCGACGGCAUUCCACGCUGCCUUCUCCAGCAAUGCUAUCGCCGACAAAGAGACGCUCCAGGUCAGCCGUGGCACCAGUGUUGUCUUGUUGCUGGUCUACGUCCUGUACUUGCUCUUCCAGCUCAAGAGCCAUUCGUACAUGUACGCUAGCACGCCUCAGCACAUUAUCGAUGAGGAGUCGCACCCCGGUGUCAUGGCCGGUGUCUUUGACUCAUCUAGCUCGGACUCGUCGUCGAGCUCCAGCAGCAGUGACACCGACAGCUCAGCUGGUUCGCAUGUCACGGCAAAGUCUAAGAUCAAGCGCGCUGUGCGCAGGAUGCGCCGCAAGUCAAGCGCAAGUUCGAAGGAGACCCCGGACCUGCCAUCAGUCAUGUCCUCGCCGUCUGUCGAACGCCACAACGACUACUUCAACUUGCAGCGCAAUGGAACUACUGGCGACGAGAACGCCGUCCAUUCUAACAACAUGUCCCGCCGCGGUUCCCUCACUGCCAUUGUCAGCGGUGAUGAAGCCGAUGUGGAUGAUUACGCACCGAUUGCUCGUGACUUCGAAGCUGGGUCAUCUGGCUCUCCUCCCACCACCAAGCGGGAGAAACGUAAGAAGAAGCACCACAAGAAGCACAACAAGCAUCGUCACGAGGACCUCGAGAAGACUGAAAUCGUUGCGGCCCCGGCGCCUCAGCCUGAUGCUGCGCCCAAGGUUGCCUUCGCCGAAGAUGUUAAACAGGGCGAAGCGGCUGCUAUCGCUGCAAAACGACCCAACUUCCGCCCGUCUUUACUCUCCGAAAAUGUCUUCCGCACUCCGCAGAACCCGGCUCCAGUCGGUGCUCCAGUUCCCAAUCUACGCGUUGCCGCAGCCCGCACUCUUCGUCGCACCAAGUCCGAACCAGAGGACAUUCGUCAACUGGAUUCUCAGAAUAGCGCCAUCUCACGCCCGACACCUGCUCGACUCAUCUCUGGUGCCCCUUCGGUUCACGCUAUUGAAGUCGAAGAGGAGGAAGUUCCUGAAAUGUCUCGUACCGCCGCCAUUAUGAUGCUUGUCAUUAGUACUGCCUUGGUCGCCGUCUGCGCCGACUUCAUGAGCGACGCCAUCGAGCCCAUGGUAGACAAGACGGGUGUUAGCCAAGCCUUCAUUGGUCUUAUCAUCCUGCCCAUCGUCGGCAACGCCGCCGAGCACGUCACUGCCGUCACAGUGGCCAUGAAAAAUAAGAUGGAUCUCUCCAUCGGUGUCGCCGUUGGCUCGUCCAUCCAGAUCGCCAUCUUCAUCACGCCGUUCAUUGUCAUUCUCGGAUGGAUUAUGGGCAAGCCGAUGACCCUGUAUUUCAACAUCUUCGAGACUGUGGCGCUGUUUGUCACGGCUUUCGUGGUUAACUUCUUGGUUCUGGAUGGACGGAGUAACUACCUGGAAGGCAGCUUGCUGAUUGCGGCGUAUGUCAUUAUUGCACUGGCUAGUUUCUUCUACCCCGAUGGCUGCGAUGCGUCGCAGAUUGGUGGUAGCGCGGAUACUUGCGGUGGAGCUACGGAGGCGGCUGUUGCGCAUGCCGCAAUGAUGGUGAAGAGAAUGGUCGGGAUGUAG